GGCGGGGGCGCGGUCCCCGCGGGGGCUUCAGGCGGCCACGUCCCGCUCCUCUGGGUGUAGGGGCCGCCCCGGGUUUGCAGUCCUCAGGGCCGCCAGACAUGUCCGAGGUGAAGAACCGGAAAAAAUCGGGUCCCAAGGGAGCCCCCGCGGACCCCGGGAAGCGGAGCGAGGGCGGGAAGAGCCCCGAGGCCCGGGGCGGUGGAGGCGGGGGCCGGGUGGACCCCCGCACCGGCGUGAGCCUGCUGUCGCUGGGGAUGUGCCUGGGCCUGGCCUGGUUUGUAUUUCAGCAGUCGGAGAAGUUUGCAAAGGUAGAAAACCAAUACCAGUUACUGAAAAAAGAAACGAACGAAUUCCAACAGCUUCAAAGUAAAAUCAGUUUAAUUUCAGAAAAGCUUGAGUCUACUGAGCGUGUCCUGCAGGAAGCGGCAUCAUCCGUGGCUUUGGUGACCCAGUUUGAGCAGGAAGUAUCCAGCCUCCAGCGUAUCACGCGUGCCAUUCAGCAUAGUGAAGAGGUGCUCAGGCACAAGAUGCAGAGCCUUAAUGACACUUUCCGGAAUGUCACCAACGUGUGGCAGAGGAGCCUGGAAGACAUGAACGCUCGGACAGACCUUCUCAAAUCGGAAUCAAAGCACAUGCAUUCCCAAGUGACUGUCCAAAUUAACUCCGCCGAGCAAGGGGUCAGAUGGCUCACGGAAAGGCUCAGAGACCUGGAAGACAGCACACUCCGGAACAUCCGGACGGUGAGGGCACAGGAGGAGGAGGACCUGCGGCGCCUGGAGGAGCAGCUGCGCGCCGAGGCCGGCGCG